AUGCCGGGGACACAUGGGGCCGGAUGUGGUUGCGUGCAUGAGGAGGACUUGACAGGCCAGCAGCAGCUGCUCCUCCCGUGGAUUGAUGUCGCUGGUGUUCAGGGCCUCAACGAAGAGGUGCACCCUGCCCGGGCCCGCAAGCACUUAGCAGCAAAGCAGCUUGAGCAUGGACUCAUGCAGCGUCGCCUGCAGCUUCUGCUCGCGUGUCUGGUCAUCGCUGAGACCUGCGAGAGGCGGUGCCCGCUGGGGCAACACUGGAUCCCGGGACACAGCCAUUGCAGGUACGACAGGGACCUUGAGACCUACUGCUCCUGCGGGGAGGUGGUCUCAGCUGACGGAAGUGCAUGCCUGCAAUGCCCGCAAGGGCCCUUUGACGCCCAUCACGCCUCCCAGCGCUGCAGUGAAUCCGGCGUGGCCCCGUGGCCACUGCCGGGCCCGGUGACGCUGGCAUGCGAUGCCUUCAGCCUCCAGUUUCUAUCCGACGAAUCGGGAGAGGAUCACCUGCUCGUCACGAGUACCAGCGGGAUCACCAACCUCCUGGGCGGAGGCAACGAGUCGGAGGGAGGCUACUUCGUGAGGUUCUAUUUUCUGCCGAGCGGCGCAAGGGACGCCGGAGAAGCCAAUCGCGAAGUCGCGAAGAACGUGACCUUUUCCCCAGGAACAGGGAUGAUGACAAUUACUUCGUCGAAUGACGAGUAUGCGGUGACCUUGAAUGCCACACCGCAUGGAGAGUACAUCAAAAUUGAAGUGCAAGCGUCUCGAGGCUUUGUGCCGAACCCGUGGGAGCCUGGGCAGACGGACUUUGAACUGGAGCUGGUGGUUGAUGUUGGGCUUGACGGCGUCGAGGCGUUGUGGGCUGAUGCAGGGCAGGCCGCUAUACCGGCAUGCCUUGGCCCGGCCGGUGCUGUGGGAUUGCUGCCACUGGAUUUCCUGGUGGACUGCAGGGCCACCAGAACUGAGCUCCGUGCUCGCUGGACCGGCGGAUUGCUUGGUGCAGGCUCUUGCGGGGCCGUAGCUUUGGCUGCCGCUGGGAGCGUGGAGCACUUCUCCCGUGCGCUGGCUGCUGUGCAAGGAGGUGAAGCUGGCUCGCUGCCUGGUCCAAGGCCAUCGGGCGGUGGCCUCUGGUUGGCACCGACAUCCUUACCACAGGAGGACUUCGCUGCGCUGCACGGGGCGCUCGCGAAGGCCAGGGCCCGGGGCCUCCGGCUCGCGGCUCCGGCGGCCGCCGAGGCGGCGCAGGUCCAGCCCUUCGAGUUGCAAGUGGAGGUCUCCGCACAGCUCGCCUGUCCGCAGCCUGGGAGCUUGCUCUUUGAGGCAGCCUUGGCUUCGGGAAGCUUCGAAGCUUUGGGUGCCGGAACGCUGGCAGCACCACUGGGAAGAGACUCUGAGGAGGCACUUGUGAUACCGGACGCAGCGACAGCAGGUCUGUUCUCUAGCCUCGGCGCUACGGGGAGCAUCGACGGCUUCACGGAGCUCAGGCAACUUCAGGUCGGUGCGGAGCUCCUAAGCUUUGACCACCUGGAGCUCAGCGGAGAGGCCUGGAACGUGACCUUGAACCAGCGAGGGCUGCUCGGUACAAGCGCGGCUGCUGCAGCAGUGGGAAGCGAAGUGCAGCUACUGCUAUUUCAUGACCGCCGGCCGCUGCUGAAGCCCGACAGCCGAGCAUGGCAGGAAGCGAUACGGGAAUGGGCCAAGGACGCAAGCCCUGGAACGGCGCUACUGGGAACUGGUCAAAUGUGCACCGGGGCACUUGGACGUCGAGGCUGGGUGCAGCGCAAGCUCCUCCUUGAUGCUGCUCGGGCAGCUGGAUCCCUGCGCCUGGCAGGGCAGCUGGGAGAGAGCUUCGCCUACUAUACAGGCACACCUUUGAAACAAUCUCCGACGCGAAGCUUCGCUGGCACUGAUCGCUUGGCUCUUGAGGCAGAACUUGCCGCUGCGUCGCCGCUGCACCUGGAAGGCUACGAGUGGCUCAACGCAUACGAGUUCGGUGCCUUCCAGAUGGUGCAAGACAGAUCGACAGGCAGUUCGCGAGCAACGAGCAGCGAUGAGGUGGAGUGGCUCAUGGCGAAGUUGCUAGCUUUCGGAGGCAGCGCUGAGCUCCAAGGGCAGCCGGAAGUCCUCCAGGCCUCCGAAGCGCUGGCUUCUGCAGGUCUCUGGGCAGAGGCUGCAAGACGCAACUGGUUGCCAAAGUCUCUCCAAAAGGUCCUCGCAGCAAGGUGCCACUCUGGUUCUGGAUGCAGCCCUGAUGGCUUCUACCGCAUGGCAGGAGUCUUCGCCGACAAUAAUGAAUCGCUCGAAGCGGUGCGCUUCUGGCCAAUGGGGCGCAAGGUCAGCUUCGUAGCAGCCGACGGUUCCCCCACGACUGUUCAGCGAAACCCGUGGCAGCUCCAGCCACUCCGCUUCGAGCUUCAGGUUCUGCCAACGUUUGACUUUCAGCAGCGGCAGCCAUUGCUCCCUGCGCAGCUCUCACUGUUCGGCACAUCAUACAACAGCUCACAGCUGGCGGUCACUGGAGGAAACUUCAGCUUUCGCUUCGAAGCACUGGUGGAUCUCACCGACCGUCUGAUCAAGGCAACCUGGGCUUUGCCUUCUGGACUGUUGGACUUUACGCAGGCCGCAUCGGGCUAUUCCGGUGUCCUGAUGAACGUGACGGGGAAUGGCCUGGGUGGGCUCCUGCUGCUGGAACUCUCGGCCGGAGAAGGGAGGACGCCGCUGCGAUUUGCGGUCGAGAAUAAUUUCAUCGGGAGGCGCGAAGUUCUUCUGACGUCUCACGAGGAGGCAGAGGAAGAGUUUGCCGCAGAAUUGCAGCUCCUGGGACGGCAGCCGCUGCUGCAGGAUGGUGAUCUUUGGAUCAGCCGCGUAUCUGUGGGGCUCCUUGGCGCUGCCGCUCAGGCAGCAGUACUAGUCGAGAACGCCGUGGCUGUGCGAAAUGUCUUGUCUCCUUUGGCAAGCCCGACCCUGUUCGUCAAGGAUAAGACCACGGGCGAGGUCCUCUCGAGCAUGACGGUCAGCGGUUGUAUACCGAUUCGACAGUACGUGGUGUACGAAGGCGGCGGCACAGCACAGCUGCUGGAUGAGCAGCGCCAGCCUCAGGCUGAGCUGACUGUCUCGGGGGCCUUGAUGCAAGCGCCGGGAGACUUCGUUGUGGGGGUGGAGGCAGACUCCCAGGCAACCUGCGGGGCGGGUGGCGUUCCGCCUUGGCUGCGGGCAGUGUGGCGUAGCCUCGGCGAGGAGGCCAUCUUUGGCGCGGAGACGACGGAUCCGGCAGGAGCAACGCAGACCUCGACAUCGAACCAUUUUGAGUUCACUUCGAAGGGAGCCGACAUGCCCGAGUCCUUACUCGUGGGGGUGCAGUUCAAGGUAGAAGGUCUGGACUUCAUCCAGCUUGUGGCAGACAGUGCCUUCCUGGAGCAGUUCAAGCAAGUCGUCAAAGGCGCUCUGAUGGCAGCCACUGCACGGGCAGACCGACGAGCCGAGGACCUGGUUCUUCAGCUCUCUCCCGGUUCAGUGGUGGUUCAAGCACGAAUGGCUGCAGUCGCCAGGGAAGGAGAAAGCGUCGCAGCUGCAAUGACCAUCCUUGCAGAUGGAAUGCAUCACGAGGCAAGCGCACUCCAGCGAGACUUGAUUGUCCGACUCGCCGGCAUACAAGGUCUUUCGUCAGUGGCCUACAGCGCCAUCUCAGUGGGACCAAUCAGUGUCAGCCUUCUUGCCGUGGAGGCAACGCCACAGCCUGCUCCCACGGUGCAGGACUUCAUCCCGCUUUGGGCCAUCAUCGCCCUAAGCGUCCUGACCUGCUUCACGAUGAUCGUUGGCUUGAUCGCUGUCUACAUGCAGAGGAGAUGGGCGCAGGAACGGCGCCGCCGCUCCCUCGGCGGAUCCGAAGGCUCUGACCCCGUGUACAUGACCCGUCGCGUUCGAAGCCGUCUUCCAGGUUCCACGAGCCCGCAGACCGCAUCGGAGGGUCCGGAGGCUCCGAAGAAGAGGAGUACUUCCAGGCUCUUGAUGAGCAAAAGGGCAGCUGGGGCCAUGCGGAAGGUUCGGUUUUCCGAUGCGGAGAUGCCAGAGGUGCAGGAGUAUGACCCGCGAGAGCUUCAGUUGGCUGCCGCAGAGAGCAGCCAACGCAACCAGAAACUCGAGGCCAAAGUUGCCGAGCUGGAAGCAGCUCUAAAGAACGUGCAGGGCACCCUUUGCUUCGCAGAGGACCGCUUGGCAGAGGUUUCCAAGGAGCGCGAUCAGCUUUCGCUCUCAGUAAACGGUGCUGCGCAGAGCUCCACAUUGCUGCAGCAACAAAGCCACUUCGCAAGGAGCUCUUCGGGGACGCGAAGAUCGCUGGGCAUCCUCGGCGAAUGCGAGGAGAGCAUGGGCGACACGGACGUGGAAAGAGGGGAAGUUGUGCAUGAGCUGGAAGACCUGGAAGACCUGGAAGCUGGAAGUUUGGAUGGCUUCGUUCGACAUCAAGAGGUACUGGAUGCAGAGUCUGUGAGAUCGGACCCUCGCUCCGAGUUUAGUCUCUGGGCUACGGAGACGGGGAGCCAUCAAGGCGGCACGUCAGAGUCGGUGGGUUUGGACGAGCCAGAUGACGACCUGCAGAUCACACGAGUGGCCCAAGUUGUAGACACUGCAUGGCAGGGAGCUCUCGAAGAGGUGAUUCGCAGGCAUUCUUGCGGCAAGUGGGAGCCACCGGCUCUGCGUAGACCUUUGCCAGGCAAGUUCUGGAGUGCGGUGCCCGGAACCGCCAGUUCUGUCUUCCGCAGCUACGAAGAGCGGUUGGACGACACCCGGCUGGUGCAAACCCCCGAGGAGGACGAGGAGCUGAUCAUCAAGGUGCCGUUUGUCUCUCCUGCCAAGGCGCCCAAGCAUCUUCACACUUUCAAUCAGCGAGAGGGAGCAGAAGCUAGCGAUGCGAGCGUUCCGGCAGCGAGCCGUCCAUCUGACGGCGUGAAUGUGGUCUGGCACAAAUGGUCGGACCUUCGCCUUCUCGACCACGAGCCGCUUUGGCAUGCGCAUGCCAAGCCUGGUCCCGUCCUCCACGUCCACCUUGUAGAGCUGCCGCUGCUCAGCGGACAGAGCCGGGUGGGGAAGGUGCCCCGCUGCUCUGCGCGGCGAGCGGAGUUCUGGCGUCAAAGCGUGGAGGAUCUGGCUAUCCGAUUAGAGGAGCGAGGACAAAGACUGGUUGUCGAAGCUGUCGAGGAUCCGAGCACCUUCUUCGCAGCUCUGUGCGAAGAGAUUCCCGUUUCUGGCGUCUACGCCCACCGGGAGUUCUGCGAAGAGGAGCUCGAAACGGAGGCAGCAGUGCGGCGAGCUCUGGCAGCCUGCGGCGCCGAGCUGCACACAUUCUGGGGCGCUCUAACGGUGCACCAUAUCGACGACCUGGGCUUUGAUGCCAGCAGCAGGAGUGAGAUGCCCAUGUACAAGGGCGAGUUCCAGCGGGCAGCGAAGCGGCGACCCAUCCGCGAGGUGCUGCCAAUCCCAACGCUGCGCAAGCCACCGGCGAACUAUCGCGUGAGGAGAGACAUCGAACAGGCCUUCGCUUCGGGUCCGCCGCAGCUGCCUCCGGAGGAGCGACAGGUCUUUCACUGGCAAGGCGGUGAGACAGCUGGCCUGGAGCAUUUGAGAAACUACAUCGAUUCGGGACAACUUGCAAGUUACCGGGGAGCGACAGAGUCCUUCGCCCACGGCGAGGAGAAUCCGGUGAACUCUGGGACUCGCCUGAGUCCAUGGCUGGCCUUUGGCUGCCUCUCUGCACGUAUGGUCAUCAAAGAGGCAAGGGAGUACGAGCGAAGACACGGCAAGACCAGCUCGGGGAAGGGCAUUGGAAAGAUCGGUUCCACCGGGACCCGGCUACACACGGAGCUCCUUUUUCGCGACUUCCUACGCUUCUCUGCUCUGGCCUGGGGCACCUCGCUCUUCAAAAUUGGAGGGCCGUUUCACGUCCAGGGCCUCGAGUGGAGCCGAGACAUGGAGCUCUUCCGAAAGUGGCGCGAAGGGCAAACAGGUUUUCCCUUUGUGGACGCCGGCAUGCGCGAGCUUGCCGCCACCGGGUACAUCUCACAUCUCCAUCGGCAGUGCUGCGCUGCCUUCUUGGUGCGAGACCUGCGGCUGGAUUGGAGGAUGGGUGCAGAGCAUUUCGAGUCUUGUCUGCUGGAUCAUACCCCCGAUGCCAACUGGGGCAACUGGGCCUACCGAAUCCUGCAGCGACCCUGCCUGGUUGAAACCCGUGCCAAGUAUCCGGUCGAGGAGCACAUCACGACGGUCGAGGUUGUUGCAUGGCCGGCAGUCCACGAUGCUCGAUUAGACCACACGUUGCGCUGGUGCCCCGCACCUCGGAGAAGAGUACCCGAUGAUUUGGCCCGCGAGCCGUGGCUGACCGACACCGUGCCAGAAAGGCGUAUAUCCAUCAGGCCUUACAAGGACUCACCUCUUUGGUUCUGCGCGGCCAACCGAACCAACUGGGACUACGAGUACUUCUGGCUUCCUGGACAUGCCUGGACAGUGAAGCCAGGCAACAGCGAGGCCAAGCUGAGUGACUUCCACCUUGGCCGCGACUACCCGAGGCCCAUCGUUCCUCCCUUGAACGUGGAGCUGGACCUGGAUAUCUUGCCUGUGAAAUUCCACAGCUGGGGAACUGAGCCGGCAGUGCGGCACCACAUUUGGGGAGGAUCGAAGCGGCCAGACGGGUCAGCAAGUGAGGGCAAAGGCAAAAGCCAUGGCAAAGGCUCUGGUAAAGGCAGCGGUAAGAGGUCAGGAAAGGGCCAGGGCCGGAUCGGUCAAGGACACGUCGAGGGGUGGCCUCCAUCCGAGCCGCCUGCCCAGAAACGCAAGUACUACGGACCCAUGAGAUGCAUGCAGAGCACCUAG